GCAUAGUGUGGUGAUUUUUAGAAUGUAUUUUGUUAUAGCAGAAAGAAUCAUACUCUAUAGACUUGUGGUUAAUGGUGACUAAUUCUUUCUUUCUCAUCUCCAUGGAUACCUAAGGCACCUGAAACUGUAGAAGCCCCUGUUAAUCAGCAAACUAUUUUAGCCAGCACUUCUGUCCCAUAAUUAAAAACAAUAAAUAUUUAUUCAUAGACAACUACACACCAAGCUUUGUGAUGAGCAGUGGAGAUUGAGGCUAAUAAGAAGCACUGCCUCUAACUCUUUCAGUCUAGUGGGAAAAAGAAAGACAAGUAAUUACAAUAGAGGGGAUGUUAUUAAAGAACAAAGCAAAGACCUCCCAUAGGCAGUGUUCCUCUUUCCCAGAUCUUUCCACCACCUUUCAAGUCAAUCCCUUUCUUUGUUUCCCCAUCUCUGCCUCCUUAUUCUACUUCCUGAGUUACCAGUCCUGUCAGCACUGAGUGAAGACAGCACAGGAAAGAGUUAAUGUGGCACAGGAGGGAGGGGUAAGGGCCCUGAGGGAGGCAGGUACAAGAACAGCCACAUAAAGGGCCCUAUAGGCACAGGUCAAAGAGAAGCUGCCAACACACCUUACUCAGGAUCUUUCCCCAGUCAAGUCUUCUGCUAGUGUUUUCAUCCUCCAUUUAUUCAUUCAACAGUCAUUAGCUUCUGCUGUGGGCUAGAUUCUGGGAGGAAUCGGUUCGACUCACCCUGACUCCUCCAGCAUGAGAGAUGCUUCCUCCUCGUAUGGCUGCUACUCUGGGUUGAGUGCCAUUUCCUCCCCAUUGUCAGCACUCCCUUUCGCAUACCAGGAAAGACACUGUAGUGGAACCCCCCUCUGGAUCAUAAAGAAGGACAAGAGAGAAGUUCCUUUUCUGCUAUCUCUUUCCACAUUGCUUCCGAGGCCCAACUUCAACUCUCCAGCUGGUGGCCAAGUUCGCUAUUUCAUCAAGUUAAAGAAAAUGUAAGCACCCCAAACCCCAAAAGCUUACCGGUUUUCUCUGGUCACACCACCUUCCAGCUUCAUUCCAGGUUCCAUUUACCUCAUCUUCCUUUUCUCCCUUUCUCUCUACUUUCCCCCUUUCUUUUUGGAGAGUUAGUGCCCAGAAUGUUAAAGCUAAGCAAUACUUAAGCAUCUGUCCAUUGUUGAGAUGAAGCUGACACCCAGAAGUUGUGCCUAAGGACACAGUAGGGACAGGAGGAGGCUAAAACCUGAUCCCCACACAGCACUGGCUUUCUCCCCAUCAUCUGAGACUGAGACUGAGUCUUUUUAAACACUGAGGAAGAAAAAUUCUCAGCUUCCCUCUCGGCUGACCUUCAACUAAAGGGCUCUGAUUUUAUCAGUGACUACAGCAGUGACCUUCCCAACUUCCUCAGUACAACUGUCCCAUUUUUUCCUCUCCAGUCAUGGGCUUCCAAGUGUAGAGGGUUCUCCCAUCCAGCUAGGGUUAUGACCUUGAUUAUCCAUUCAAAACCCCAACUGAAGAUUAUAACCCUGUGAUCAUCUCAGCCCUUCACAUACUCUAUGGAUAGGUCUGCACACCUAUGACACCCCCCAAAUCCCUGUCCUUCCUGUCAGGACUCAUGCUCCCAUGAGCCCUAAAAUUUUGACCCCCACAGGAUGGCAGAAGCUGCACCGCCCAACUCCACCUCCCCACGCCCAGCCUUCUUCCUACUGACUGGCAUUCCAGGGCUAGGGGCUGCCCAGGCCUGGCUGACACUGGUCUUUGGGCCCAUGUAUCUGCUGGCCCUGCUGGGCAAUGGAGCAUUGCUGGCAGUGGUGCAGGUAGAUUCCGCACUGCACCAGCCCAUGUUUCUGCUCCUGGCCACACUGGCAGCCACAGACCUGGGCUUAGCCACAUCAAUAGCCCCAGGGUUGCUGGCCGUGCUGUGGCUCGGGCCCCGCCUUGUGCCAUAUGCUGCCUGCCUGGUCCAGAUGUUCUUUGUCCAUGCACUGACGGCCGUGGAAUCUGGUGUACUGCUGGCCAUGGCCUGUGAUCGUGCUGUGGCAGUAGGGCGUCCACUGCACUACCCUAUCCUAGUCACCAAAGCUCGUGUGGGCUAUGUGGCUCUGGCACUGGCACUGAAAGCUGUGGCUAUCGUUGUGCCUUUCCCUCUGCUGGUGGCACGAUUUGAACACUUCCGAGCCAAGACCAUAGACCAUGCCUAUUGUGCACACAUGGCAGUGGUGGAGCUGGUGGUGGGUAACACACGGGCCAACAACUUGUAUGGGUUGGCACUCUCACUGGCCAUAUCAGGUUUAGAUAUUCUGGGCAUCACUGGUUCUUACGGGCUCAUUGCCCAUGCUGUGCUGCGACUGCCUACCAAGGAGGCCCGGGCUAAGGCCUUUGGUACGUGUAGUUCCCAUAUCUGCGUCAUCCUGGCUUUCUACGUACCUGGUCUCUUCUCCUACCUCACACACCGUUUUGGUCGCCACACUGUCCCAAAGCCCAUGCACAUCCUUCUCUCUAACAUCUAUUUGCUGCUGCCCCCUGCCCUCAACCCUCUCAUCUAUGGGGCCCGCACCAGGCAGAUCAGGGACCGGCUCCUGGAAACCUUAACAUUCAGAAAAUACAAAUUCUAAUGGUCAGUGCAAACAGUGGAGUCUGGAGGUGGAGCUGGGGGGGACAUUGAGACAAUCUGAGGUUUGGAGGUAUGGAUUAUGUCAUUGGUCCCAUUAUCUGCAUAUGACUGUGCUGAUCACUCGACAGAUAUUUGCUGUGAAGCCCCUACUCUGUGUACCACUAAAAUGUGUUUGGCCCAGCCACAUACCCUGCUUGGGGAGCAGGCAGGAGACAGGGGACUAUGUGUUGCCAUGCAGAAAAAAUAAGAUCAGAAAUUAUUGCAGGAUCAGACACACAAGAUUUAACUUAAACUCCCUUUCAUGCCUCUCUACAUCAUUUUAACUAAGUGUGCCCAUGUUCCCUCUCAAAAGUUCUUCUGCAGACUCUGAAUCUAGGGGUCUGGGAAGAGGGACCUUGCCUCUAGAGAUUAGUACUUAUCAGGCAACACAGCCCUCUUUAUUCCUGGAGCCAGAUUGUUUCAGCCAGUCCUUAGGGAAGGAGUCAUACAGGCUUAUCCCCCAUCCUCUCAGAAUCUGGGUUAAUGUGUCCUGGGGCCCCAGUUUCAACAGAACACUGAUCUUUAAAGAUACUCCCAUUCAGAAUCUUCUUGGUCUCGUGUGUAAUCUCUACCUCUGCUACUCCUCACUCCACUGCCAAAGUCUCAAGAUUUAAUGGCUAGAAUUUCUGUCCCUGGGCUUGUAGGUAGAUUCAGGGGUCAAGAGUCCAACUGAAAUAAAUUUUGAUAUCCCAGAAAACCACUGAAACCACUUCACCUGUUUGCCUGAGGCCCCUAUGGUCCCUUACCUAUCUGCCCUUUUGCGCGUCCUGAGCCAAGAAUGUAGAAAUCCCAGAUAAAAUCCUCAUCAGCAACCCCAUUUGUCCUGGCCAACAUCAUCAGGAGCAAUGUUGGUGCAAUAUGAUGAAAUAGGAAUAUUUCACAUGGCUUUGGGUGUCAGAGAAUUAGAUAUAUUAACAGGAAGUGUCACAGUGUUGCCCAACAGGGGAUUCACUUUCCACUCCACACUAAGAAGGAAACUGCACAAAAUAUCUUUCACUCCAGCAUGGAGUCCAGAACAAGUAUAGUCUCAGACAUAAGGCAGGGAGUCACUCUUAUGAGGUCAUAGAAGGCUGCAGGCUGCAGAAGCAGACCCAAGCACUCCAGGAAAACUAUCAUAACCACAAGUAUUGGAGUUAGCCAUGAAGACCUAAUGAAGCCAGGUGCAACCCUGACCACUCAGCAGAUAGCUGGACCACAUGCCAUGGGAUAUAUGACACGAGGCCGCAGAUCUUCAAAAGCAGGUGAAUACCAUCUACACAGCUACAUGGGGUCUCAUGAGGUCCUCACUUCAAGGAACUGGAUAGCCCAGAAGCUGUGAUUUUUCAGAGAUGCUGUCCCAUUGAAACCAAGAGGAAAAGGAAGAAAUCUACACUUUUCCUCAAUCCAAGUGUGAGCUCAGUCACUGUCAUGAAGUUCAAAGUUAAGAAACCCUACAGACAAUUUUUGUGGAUAAUUGUGACAAAAUUCUAAUUCCAAUGGCUCACAGGUCUUUAAGAUGUCCAUAACCUUCUUUUGAAGAGUUUCUCUUCAAUAAAUUUAUUCUAACAAAAUAAUUAGAGAUGUGAACAAAGAUGUAUGCAAUAAGAUAUUUAUUAUAAAAAAUGUGACAGUCCUUUGUCACACAUACACACACGCACACCAUUUUUUGCCUCCCCCCUCUGGUGCAUGAAAAGGGACAUCACAGGCAGCCAAUGUUCAUAAGCAAUGAGUUCUAUCACCCUCCCAGCAGAGGAAGCCUCUCUUCUAAGGCACUUUUGCCC